GUCCUGAGAAUAUAUUCAGUGGUCGGCUUCUGAAAAGGGGAAAACAAAGCCCAGGAAUGUCUCGUUCACAUGUGUGUAUAAAUCUGUAGACAAGGAUCAACCAGGCUGUAGAGCAGCCAGCCUUGCAAAGUGAAGAUAAAAAGAAUCAGCUAACAGGAAAGGGUUAAGUUAGCAAGUGUCUGAGAGCACGUCCCUCCGCAAACAGGCAGAGCAGAGUCUGGAAGCAGCUCUGCAGAGUUCUGUACAAGAGGAGCGCUCUCUCAGCACAGGCACAGAGAACAGGAGAGGUGAGCUGCUGCAAGGACUGGCCAGCCACAGGAGACAUGAGGAGGCGCUCCUGCAACACAAAGGAGAGGAGCUCCUGAACCACCUUAAAGGAGCAUCUCAGGAACCAGGAUUCACAGCAACUGCAACAGCUUCCUUUACAGCGACACACUUCAAACGUGCAUUAUGUUCAAAACCUACUCUGGAUUCUACCCCCCGUCAGAAGGCAGAAGAGCUUUAAGAGUCAGGAAUGGGGAAAACUUUAUUUAACACGAGCCGAGGUUACUGUUAAGCGACCAGGUCUUUCAACACUUCUCCGUUUAUUUCAGCUCUAGAAAUGUUUCUCUUUGACGGUAAGCACUGCCGAGGAUUUCUUUAGUGGCACCGGAUCAGACGAUGCUGAGUCUUCUGCUGGAAGGAACGAGACGCUUGUCUGAGGAGAGAGCAGCUCAGUGACAGAGCAGCGGGCAGAACAGAGCACAGAGUGCGGGCAGGAGCUGGGGGGACGAUGGAGGACUGUCUCAGUGUGUGCACCGCUGUGCUCAUAGUCUGGAGCUCAGCUCUCAGCACGGUCUAUGCACUGGUUGAUGCAGAUGACGUCAUUACGAAAGAAGAGCAGAUCUACUUACUGGUUGAAGCCAAAGUCAGGUGCGAAAGAAACAUCAAAGUUCAGCUGGAGAAAGUCAAAGACGGAUUGUGCCUGCCAGAGUGGGAUGGCAUCACCUGCUGGCCGGAGGGACGCUGUAACGAGCUGGUGUCCAUCCCCUGUCCAGAGUACAUCUACGACUUCAACCACAGAGGACACGCCUACCGCAAGUGUGACCAGUUUGGGAACUGGGAGCUGGUUCCCAGUCUAAACCGGACAUGGGCCAACUACACGGAGUGCACUGACUUCCUGCUGUCUGAGCAGAGGAACAAGGAGGAGGAGGUGUUUGACAGGCUGCACAUCAUGUACACGGUGGGAUACUCUGCCUCCCUGGUGUCGCUCAUCGCAGCCGUGGCGAUUCUCUGCUACUUCAAACGGCUGCACUGCACUCGGAACUGCAUCCACAUCCACCUGUUCACCUCGUUCAUGUGCCGCGCGCUCAGCAUCUUUGUGAAGGAUGCUGUGCUGUACUCCGUGAGCGCGCCCGAAGACCUGCAUAGGACCCAGGGUCCCGAGCUGAGAGGCGAGCUGGGCUCUGAGCCGGGACAGAGACCGCAGCUCGUGGGCUGCAAAGUAGUGGUGACUCUCUUCCUCUACUUCCUGGCUACCAAUCACUACUGGAUCCUGGUGGAGGGGCUCUACCUGCACAGCCUCAUCUUCAUGGCCUUCCUGUCCGACAAGAACUACCUGUGGGCCCUCACGAUCAUCGGCUGGGGGGUCCCGAUGGUGUUCGUGUCGGUGUGGGCGAGUGUACGAGCCUCCCUGGCAGACACACAGUGCUGGGACCUCAGUGCUGGGAAUCUGAAGUGGAUCUACCAAAUACCCAUUCUAGCCGCUGUCAUGGUGAACUUCUUCCUUUUCCUCAACAUCGUGCGAGUGCUGGCCUCUAAACUGUGGGAGACCAACACUGGCAAGCUGGACCCCAGGCAGCAGUAUAGGAAGCUGCUCAAGUCCACGCUGGUCCUGAUGCCUCUCUUUGGGGUACACUACGUGGUGUUCAUGGCUCUGCCCUACACGGACGUGUCGGGGACACUGUGGCAGAUACAGAUGCACUACGAGAUGCUCUUCAACUCCUCUCAGGGCUUCUUUGUGGCAUUCAUCUUCUGCUUCUGCAAUGGAGAGGUGCAGGCGGAGAUCAGGAAGGCCUGGCUGCGACGGAGCCUGGCUCAGGAUUUGAAGCAGAAGACUCGAGUGACGAGCAGCUGGGGGGGCAGCUGCUACUACGGAGGGGUGAUCUCCCACGCCACCAACAGCGUGAGCAUGGGCAUCGCGGGCACCGCGGCCAAGGGGGUCCCUGGGGGUCUGUCCCUGAGCACCCGGCUCCGUGCCCCCUCUCCGCACGCCCUGGUCAGCCUGCCUGGCUACAUCCCCAGCAGCCCUGAGCCCAGCCUCAGCCCUGCCCUGGAGCCGGCCCGCAGGAAGUGGAGGGAGAGGGAGGGCUCCAAGGAGAGCAGCGCGGCCCCGAAGACCCCCCCCGACAGACCCCCCAGCCCCACUCCCUCACACAGGGAGUUUGAGACAGUACUGUGAGCGCUGCAAGGACGCUGCCAGUCCUUCCCCCUCUGUGCUGGCCCUUAUGAACAGAGAGCGCUGUAUUAAACCCUCCUUCCUAUUCUGCUCAUGCUUACUCAGUCUUACUGUUCAUUCGGUAGCAGUGGUUGUUUUCAUGUGCAUAUAUAUAUAUAUAUAUAUAUUUUUUGUCAGCAUAGUGUGAUUCUUCUUCGCUAACAGAGUCGUGCCCUGGGUAUGAUAUAAGAAACUUGUGCACAGCUCAGCUCAAAAGUUUUGAAUCGCCCUGUAGAAAUCAUUUUGCUUCAUAAAGUCGAACGAAAGCUGCUGAUUAAUGUUACGUUAACAUAUUGAAUUACACACCGCUUUGUAGUUUUCCCAUAUACUAACAAACUGAAAAAUGUGACAUUUCGAAAUCUAACCUGAUAUACUGUACUGCUAUUACGGCUUCCGGUAGACGUUUUGUCUAGUUUUGUAGUUUCUCUGAUUUCAUGACGCAGUGCUGAGCUGGUCUGCCUCCCAACGUGCUCAGGAAAGGACCUCUUCUAGCAGAAGAGACAGGUCAGCUGCACGUGUUAACUGAUUAUAAAUCACUGGGGGGGCUCAGUAUCGGGGUCUGUCCCCCGGCCAUCGAUUCCACACCUGCGCUGAUGUGAUGAAGCAGCUUUGGGGUUGCAGGGACAGUGCUGUGUAUUUGGAGUUACCUGUCUUGAAUGGUAAUGGCAGGGUGUGGAGCAGUCUGUAUUGAAAUGCACACUGGUGCUGUCUUUCUUUUUCACUGUGUCUUUGUGUUUAUAUAUAUAUAUA